AUGAGCCGCUGGAACCCGCCCGGUACUUUCCCGUUCACCCGCCUGCCCAGAGAACUCCGCGACUCCAUCUACGCGUACGCAUUUGGCCCACUCCCUACUAUAUUCAAGUUAAAGGGUCUACUCAUCCAGGCCACACGCAAGGUUCGAUCGUUGGAGGAAGACAAUGGCGACGGUGACGACGACUUCGACAUCCGCUAUCACGACACAAUCCCCGCGUUCACUCGGGGCCUCGCGAAGUGGGUCCUCGCCAAUAAGCAGAUCUGUUCGGAAGCUCUCUCUUAUCUUGGUGCCUCGCGCACAUUCAACGCAAUCGAUGUUCACCGUCUUUGGGAAUUGCAGAAGGAAUGCGACAUCCUUCGCGGCCUUCCCGGCUGUCCUUAUUCUACCCCCCUCGUCUUCAAUAGCGAAGUCCUCCGCAACAUCAUCAUCAUAAGGAUAUAUGACCAACAUAUGGGAAUAGAAGAUGAGUUCAUGGCCAUUCUUAACCGCGCACAUGUGAAAGACGCGUCCGUGGAGCUGGAGUGGCAAGUAUCUCGUCACCGAGAUUCAAAGGACUGGGAAGAACAUUUGGACGCCUGGAUCGCCGAAUGGCACACCAAGCAAUGGGACGGUAAUCUACGAAAGGUCAGGAUCACUAUACCUACCAACUGGACCUUCGAGAACCCGGUCUUUGAUACGGUCAGAUUCGAGCAGGUGGAAACGUUGGCACGAAGCCUCGUGGGACAGGAUGGGAUCGCGACAUGGGGUGACUUCGACUUUAGGGGCAAUUUUCCGGUCCUGGGGCUCGAGGUGGACUGGUGCGAUGUGUUCACGAGGAGCCUGGUUGUUGAAAGGGAUAAUUAG